ACCAUGUUCCACUGUUCACCUUCAACUCUUGGUGACAAAAGAGUAGAGGAUCUUGGCACUCCAUGAUAGCCUUCUCCAUCCAAGUGAUGAUACCUGGACUUGUUCCAGUCUUGAUUAUAUCACUAAUGGCCUCUCAUGGCCACCCCACCUACGCAGCCUCAGAAAAUGACUGCACACCUGAAAGUCCAUUGGUGAAGGAGGCCCUAGAACGGGCAAAGCAACUGGUCUCUUUUGCUUACAAUCACUCUAGAAACAGCCAGAGAGGGAAAGGAAUGCUGUCCAAGGGGUCACUGAGCUCCAGCGACCUCCUCAGUCUGUUUAAGCACCCAGAGGCUGAGACCAACGUGGCAGUUCGUGCAGCUGAACUGAUGGAUACAGCCAUAGAGCUGAUUCGGCAGCUUGUUUACACACGGGAGAAGCGGUACAGCAACAUGACAGGGGUCCUAAGCAUUCGUGAUCUCUCCAUCUUGGCAAAACUAACAGGUUGUGCUGCUCAGCUCCAGCCAAUCAAAUGCUCAGAUUCCUGUUUGACUGACAAGUACAGAGCCAUCGAUGGGACAUGCAACAACAGGAAAAAUCCUCUUUGGGGAGCAGCAAACACAGCAUACAUCCGCUGGCUCCCUGCACAUUAUGAAGAUGGAUUCUCCGUACCAAAAGGAUGGAAUGCAACAAAGACCUAUAAUGGCUUCCCAUUGCCUCUGGUGCGUCAGGUUUCCCAUGAAAUCUUGCAUACCCGGAAUGAAAACAUCUCCCUGGACAGCUCCUACACCAGUAUGCUGGUAGAGUGGGGCCAGUGGAUUGAUCAUGACAUGGAUCUCACACCCCAGAGCGCCAGCACC